ACAAAAUGGGCUGAGUGUCCAACGUUCUCUCUUUGUAUCAUUCUGUGUUCUUUCUCGCCAGAGCAAUUUCUGACUCUGUACUAACGUUUGAUAAGCAGUACUGAUAAUUAUGUAGCAAAUAUUGUCAAUCAGCUAUCAGUUACAAAGUUGCAUAAGUCUCGCGGUGCAAGUGUCUAAGUCUUUAAGAAUAUUCGAAUCAGUUGUUACAAUCAUGGACGAUCGACUGAAAGCUAUAGAUGAAUAUUAUACCAAUUUGGAAUAUCAAAGGAACGUUAAAGAAACAUCAGAAGUGAUAGGAACGAAGUUGUACGAUUUAACAGAGGAAUUAAUAGAGGAAAUAAACUUGGGGAAUGUCAACGAUUUCACUGAGAGAUACUUCAAAGCGGUGUCUUUAAUCGAAAAAAAUUUACCUCUCUUCAAAGCUGCUUGCACAGAUCCAGAUAUAAUUACUACUAUUAUCGAACACUUAAAUUAUUUCGGCGCAAGGUUUUCACUUGACAGUAUGAAAUAUGAUGAACAAUACAUGAAGGACGACUUAGUCUUGUUAUUCACAAUCUUGAAAAUAAGUGAAAACAAGAUACACCCGCAGAUGAAACCAUUUUUAGAAGAUGUUAUCUGCAAAGGUUACAUUCAUCGAUUAAGAGAAUGUCGUCUUGGUAAAUGCACCACUGAAAUGAUACUUCUGGGAGAUUCAGAUUUGUAUGCAGUUAUUAGAUGUUUGAAAAAUACACCUGAAAUGCUGCACGACCAUAACACCAAAUUUUGGAUCCAGGAGCCAAUAAAAGAGAAAUUUUUAUGGCUUCUGAAGGAAUAUUUGCUGAACGAUUUGAAGGAAGAUUACUCUUCCUGCUUUCCCAUUUGUACAUUUCGAACGACGAAAGAGUUGUUUACAGAUAAAGUUAGGCCAUAUGACAUGAACAUAGUAUCUAUAUGGACUGAAGAUAUUGUAUUUGCCAAAAACUUGGCGAUGCCUUUAAAUAGGGAUGUUGUAUUUAUAAAUACGUACAUGAACUUCCAUGGUGGUAUCGUGCUGUUGCCAUUCGCAAGACCGUUUAAGAAGACAUUAGAAUCGAGCCAUUUUUAUUUUGCUCCUGACAAUCCUGGAAAAGUGCAAAACGUGCAAAAAAGUUCCGUUAACAAUUUAUUUUACGAUGGUGCGUGGCAACGACCUGUGAAUGACACAUAUUGGAUACAUGAUGAUACCCAGUGGGCAAAUGCAACAAGUGAUGAUGUUAAGAAGUGCAUUAGUUCGGCCGAGAAAGGAUUCAAAAUUUGGAGUAGUAAAUCUGUUACUAGCAGAAAGCAAAUAUUAUCCAAAUUUGCGUCGGUAUUAGAAAGCAACGGCAAGUCUGCAUUGGCAGAUAUAAUAUCAAAAUGGAUCAAAUUCUCGUGCAUCUAUGAAAAUUCUCUAUCUUGUUCACAAAGUAGUGGAAAGUUAGAAGUAACAAAACUUCGCAAAUCAAGGGGCGUCAUCGUUUUGAAAGAGAAAGAUGAAGCUGUCCUAUUUCGUCGAUUGAUGCAAAUUUUAACCGUUGGCAAUUCCGUUAUCGUGAUAUGCAAUACAGAUUCUUGUAGUCUGGUACCAUAUUGUAAUAUGUUUUCAAUAUCCGAGAUACCACCUGGUGUUAUAAAUUUGUUGUCAACUGCAAAUAUAAAGGAGCUAGAAAAAUCUCUUUUCGAGAUGGAGUACGAAAGCUAUGCAAAACAGUUGUUCUCGGAUAACAAUUUCGACCAGACAUACAUAAACCUUACUGAACCUAAGCAAAUUAUUAUGCCUCUUAAAUAGAAUUAAUAUGUAAUAUCUACUAUUUGCAACAAAAGUAUGCACAUAAAUAUUACGAUCUGUAUGUAUAUGUAUAAUAUAUAUUUUCUUAUA